AUGCCAUUAAAUGCCGGACCACCUGUGGCAUUAUCUCCAUUGGAACAAUUACCUCGAGUUCAAUCAAGCAAGCUUGAACCCAUCAGACUGCAGCCAAGUACGAAAGCCUCACAAAACCAUCGCACAAGCAUCAGUGGAGGAGCUAUUCUGGCUGGUUCAUCGGCCGGGGAGUCAUCGUCCGCAGGCCUACCAGCAGGAUCAUCUGCGACAACAUCAGCAUCUCAAAGUAUGCCCUCGGCAUCAGGCACAACGGAGACGUCUUCGCCGCUACCGCCCACCCCGAGUGCGGAACAGUCCACCUCGACUGCACAUAUCGGACAGCAGUCAAGCGGCAAUGCGCCGCUAUCCGUCGCUCAUCAGCUUGCAAUUAAGAGGAAACCCGUACCCAGUAGCAAUGCAAUAUCAUCCGCGGAAUCAUCCCCUGCAGGACCUUCCGCGGGACCAUCAACACAACCCUCACUCCCAUUCUCGCUAUCAUCUGUUGUCAAUUGUUGCACCUUCUGUCCGGUAUCUCCAACCUCUCCGCAUGAAGACAUACAACCGAUCACUUCGGGCGUCGAAAUUCCCCCAUAUCCAUCUUAUCCACCUGAACUUGCAAUGACGGACCAAGCCCUCGAGGAGACAUGGGCGCUGAACAACCCAUCGGAGCCCAUCCCCCCAAUGCACACAUUAAAUGCUAUGUUAUACUCUUCUAUGAGGGAAUCGGCCGCUUCGAUGCAUGAGCCAGCACCGUCAGGACCUCCAGUGUUUGKCCCACGGCCUGUUUACCCGCCAUUUAGUACAUUGCCAGCGCCACCGCUCAAAGCACGUGAACCAAACUUCAGCGAUCAAUACGAUCGACACAUAAGGAAUAAGGAGAAGCAAAGUCGAGCAGUCGCCGGCGGAGUCCAUUUGAGAGAAGCCAGAGGCAAACUUCGACGAGAACAUUCAGAAGAAGCUCUGCGUCUCGAUCGAGUUGAAGUGGUUGAAGCAUACGAUGGGAAUUACAAGAACAAUUUUUCCGGAGAUGAGCCCGAGCACAGUGAAAAGGUUCGCACGCCUUCGCAGCCGUCCGCGACGGACCCAUCUGAUGUCAAGGAUGCGUCGGGUGUACACAGUGCACCGGAUUCGGAGAUGCCAUCUAAUCCCAGCGGCUCAUYUGAUAUUGUCCCUACAGCUUCACAACUUGGCGUUUUGCCGGAUGCUGACGACGAUGAUCCUGAAAGCGCCGCGAAUGCCGCUUAUCGGAUCCAGAUGAUUGCCCACGCUCAUGCGGAUUUGGACGCUCAGUUGGCAGCGGUGGAUGCGGAUGGGGACGCAGUGAUGUCGGAUCAUGCUCCAGCUACUGUCGUUGAAGGCGGAGCCGAUGGGAGAGUUUCGGGGGAGACUCAGGAGGGGAGAGCAGAUGCAAAGACUACGGUCACUGUCACGGAAGUCGAUUCGAACUUGGAUCCGUCACUUAGAUAG